AGGGAAUUAUAAAGCUUGAUUGUGGCCUGCCUCUCUUGGACUCACUUGGUGGUUGGAGGAAGCAACUAACUAGAUCAGUAACUCUCCUGCUCUCCCUUUCUUUUUUGCGUUUUUUUUUUUUGUUUUUUGUUUUUUCGUUACUUGGCCUCCAUGGACUGACAGCACAAUUUUGGACUCACUUUGGGACAGGACUUCUCUCGUUCUUGUCUUGGCUCUCUGGCUCUUUCUCUCUCCCUCUCUCUCUCUCACCCUCUCUCUCUGUUUCUCUCUCACCCUCUCUCUGUGCCUCCCCCUCUACCCUCUUUCUACAGUUGAAUGGACAAAGCUAGGAUCCAGGAGGCUGCAAGCCCCCUGACGGGCAGCGGGCAGGUCACCGAGGCAACGGCACCCAGUUCUCGAGUGUUCCGCUGUGGCUUUGUCCGACACUGGGUGCCCCUGGCCUACAGAGAGGAGCUCUAUCAGGUCCUGUGCCUAACCGGGCCUCUGCUUGUUUCACGGAUCUUAAGCUUUCUUCAGCCGUUCGUCAGCACCAUAUUUGUUGGCCACCUGGGAAAUGCUGAGUUGGCAGGAUAUGCCCUCGCCUCUGCGACCAUCAAUGUGACCACAACAGCUACAGGAUGUGGCCUGGCCCUGGCUUGUGACACACUGGUGUCUCAGACGUUUGGCGGUGAAAACCUGAAGCGUGUUGGGGAAAUUCUGCAGCGGAGUAUUCUGAUCCUGCUGCUCUUCUGCCUGCCAUGUUGGGCCAUUCUCAUCAACUCCGAGUCCAUUCUGCUGGCCAUGCAGCAAGAGGCCGAAGUGGCCAGAAUUGCACAGCUGUAUGUGCUUGCCUUCUUGCCAGCUGUCCCUGCUAUGUUUCUACACCAGCUGCAGGUGGCGUAUCUUCAGAACCAGGGCAUCAUUCUGCCACAGAUGUACACUGCAGCUGUAGCCAACAUAUUGAACGUAGCGAUCAACUACAUUCUUAUCUUCUCGAUGGGACUGGGAGUAAAGGGCUCUGCUGCGGCCAACUGUAUCUCUCAGAUCUCCAUCUGCCUCCUGCUGUUCGGCUACAUACGCUGGAAAAAGCUGCAUGUCAGGACAUGGGGUGGCUGGACCACUGCAUCACUGCAGGAGUGGGACUCUUUCAUGCAGCUCGCCAUCCCAAGCACACUCAUGCUUUGCUUUGAGUGGUGGAUCUAUGAAAUCGGUGGUUUCCUUGCAGGUAUGCUGGGGGAGGUAGACCUGGCUGCCCAGCAUGUUUUGCUGGAACUGGGAGCCAUAACCUACAUGUUUCCUCUAGGUGUCCAUGCGGCAGCUUGUGUGCGAGUGGGUAAUGCUCUGGGAGCAGGAGACACCGCCAGAGCUAUCAUCACCAGCAAAGUGACUCUUAUCGUCUCAGGUGUUCUUGCUGUAUUACAGGGGAUUUUGCUUGGCUCUACAAAAUCAAUAAUGGGCUUUAUCUUUACCUCUGAUGAGAACAUUAUUAGGAUUGUCUCUGAAAAUCUAACCUUCUAUGUUUUCUCACAAUUUUUCGAUGCUCUUGUGUGUGUGAGUUCAGGGAUUCUCCUGGGCGCUGGGAAGCAGAAGAUAGCAGCCAUAUCUAAUCUGAUCUGUUACUACUGUAUCGGGUUGCCUUUGGGAAUAUCAUUGAUGUUCGCUGCAAAGCUAAGGAUACUGGGUCUUACACUUGGCCUCCUGGUGUGUGUUAUUAUCCAAGCCUGCUUUUUCAUCUCACUCAUCUUCAAACUCAACUGGCAAAAAGUAACAGAGAAGGCCCAGAAACGUGCUGGCAAGAAAACGAGAGUGACGUGUGUGGCACAGAAGGGGCCUGUUGGUGGACCAAUCAUUGACACUGUGAUUGGCGAAGGAGAGGACAGCAUAGAGCACACAGCUAAUGGAGCAAGUGUGUCGCAGCCAAUAAGUGAGGACUCUAAAGCGAGUAGUUAUGCUCCAGUUUGCACCAAGGAGCAGGAGAAAGCAAAGAGUGCUAAAGCUGACGUGGAAAAUGAAGAAGAAGUAGCAGUCCGACCCAAAAAGCUGCUCUCCGUCCCGCAGCUGGUGCUGAGGAGGGGCCUGACUCUUUUGAGUGCUGCCUUGAUCCUGGUUGUCGGGGUUGCGGUCCACCUGACCUGCCCCCUACCUGAGCCUUCUGUCCAAAUGAAGAGCAACAUCACUAUAGACUCAGGAAAUUACACCACCACCCCUGCUGCCUUCUCCAACUACACCCUCAGCUAACUACUGCCCACACUGGAGCUCAUUUCAACAUGUUUCACACCAGUCUUCAUCACAUCAGGCCUAUUGGAUGAAAGCCAGCAGAAAAAAAAACAUUCUGUGACUGUUCUAGAGUUUUUUGUUUUUUUUACCAGACCUGUGGUAAGAAACUCAUUCUUUCUGUCAAACCUCAUCUUUAAAAGUUAUGCAGGUACAAAGACUGACUGAGCGGCCCUUUAAACGAUACACAAAUGCAUAUUACACUCCAUUCUCUAUGGGCAUUGUCUGCAGUAUUCGUAGCUGCUCCUCAGGGCGAGGCUAUGCUAGAGAGGACGAGUCUCAUUCACAACUAGUUAGGAGAGAGAGCCUCACAUAACAGCAUGCUAACUAUACUGCAAAGAGGGACCAGUAUGCCUAUUUUUAGUUCUUUUUUCCUUUUUUUAUUAUUAAAUAUCAGGUAAAUAAUAAACUCUUGGUAUACACUGUGAUUAUAUGCUUAACAGUAUGAUUUUGUAGUUUUUAUUAAUGUAAAUUAUUAGUAAGAUGAAUCUUGAGGGAGAAUGUUAAUUUGUCUUCGUGGUAUUAUUCAUAAUGUGGCAUUAUUGACGUUAUGCCAUUAUGAAAAAUGUGCUUUAUUUUGCAAGGUGGUAUUAUUAUCAACAUGACAGAUGGCCUCAAGUGUAGUGUUACCAAAUUAUCAAUGAAAUUCAUUGGAAUGAACUGUUCCCGUCUCCCAGUUUCACUUCUCACUGUAGCGUCAUUUGGAAAAAUGAGCAUGCGUGGUGAUCUGUUCUUUUUCCAAACAGUAUUGUUUUCCUUUUCCUUGAGUUGUAAAAUGUUCUUGUAGUAAAUGUAGUGCAUUCUUA